UCUCUCUCUCACUCCAGCUCCUCCCAGUCUUUUAUAUUUAAAUGUGGGGCGAGUGAGCCAGCCUCACCUGCAGGUAAACUCUCUCUCUCUCCUCAGUGAGUCUCACCUUAACCUGAAAAUCACAUCCAGACUCUGUGCAGUUGGCAGCUGAAGAGUCAGUGUUGGGAGGAUUUGAAUUGUGGAGCCAAAGAAAAGGAAGAAAACUUUAAAACUGAAAAAGGAAAAGAGGACGACAGAUGGGCGUUUGUGUCUUUAAUGCAGAGUGAGACAAAACCCUGAAGAAAGAUGGACAAUCAGGACAGUAAUUUAGGAACCUUUGAUUUUUUUACUUCAAGAAAAUCUAGAAUAAAUUAAAAUAAUCGAAGAGGUUACAAGUAAUGAGAGUAACUGAGGGGAUUGGUAGGUUUGAAAGACAAAAGACUGAAUGUCCAGGACGUUUUAAGAAAAUAGAUUAAAUAUGAUCUAGAAUAAAUCUGUAGGAACUUUUUAUUUUGGUUUUUAAAAACCAAAUAGAGGUGUGAGGGAAAAGUAAACGGAUGACUUCUUCUGAACUGAAGGACAAAAACUGACGUCUGAGAUUUUGGGGAAACCUCUGAAAUGUUCUGUCCAGUCUGUUUCGAAGAGUCCAGGAGGAUUUCGGAAGGCACAAAAGUUUGUCCACAAUGAAAACAAGGAUGGCCUGUGGAUGAUGUCUCCGAGGGGUUUCAGUAAAAGAGCAAAGGACACGUCUUGAGAAACCCUGAAUAGCAACAACCGAAGAACUGAAGCUGUGUUAUGAACCACAGACCAAUCCAGGACCAGGUCUCGGCAGGCUGGAUUAACCUCUAACCUCAGACUAAGGUUUGACAAAAUCCUGGAGACAUCACCGGGGACGUCUGAAGGUUGAACUGGACGUGACAAAAGAUCGUCUUCAGCCGUCUGUCCGUCAGACUUCACCUCAGACCAGCGGGAAGAUGACGGUGUGCCACUUAGGACAAGAAGCAGACCGGUGACGAGGAAUCAAACCCACACUGUUGAAGGUACGCAGGCAUGAUGUUGGCGUGUCACUCCCUGCUGCUCACCUGGGUGCUGCUUGCCGCCAUAGUCCGAAGCCACAUCUGGAAACCCUGCACAGACCUGCUGCCUCUUGACCUGCUGGGCAGAGCCCUGCCACGUCCAGGACAAGCCCCGCCCUCACAGGUGCAGAUGGUUCAGUCCAGAGGGUCCAGAGGCCUCCAACUGGCUGGUGCCAUAACGACAGCGCUGAGCUUCCCUGCCUCACAGAUCUUCACCAACUGUGACCACUUCCCUGCUGAGUUCUCAUUGGUUGCCACCAUCAAGAUACCAAGACUGAGACAGAAGAGGAAUGAGUACAUCUUCUCUGUGGUGGAGGAGAGCUCUGAUUCGCUGUUGCUGGGGUUGCGAGUCUCUGAGAACCGCCUCCACUUUUUAGCCACGCCCCCUGGUGCUGCCGGGCAGAGUCGGCUGAGUUUUAAAGACGUUGCGCUGGACGAUGACCGCUGGCACACUGUGGUGCUGGCUGUCUCUGGGCCGUACGCCACGCUGACCGUCGACUGUGGACUGCCUCUGGAGCUUAAACAGGUCCAGUCCUUCCCCAGUGCUCUGAGCACCAGAGGGUCCAGGUUCUUCAUUGGCAGCAGGAGGAGGUGGAGGGGACGUUUCUCUGGUUUACUGCGUCAGCUGGUUCUCCUUCCUGGCUCUGACGCCACGCCUAGACUGUGUCCGACCUCUGACCCCAGGCUGGCCGAGCUGUCCGUCCCCCAGGUCCUGAAGUCCACUCCUCUUCAGACAGGCCACCAAGGACCAGUUUACCCAUACGAGGCCGAGGCCAGAGUGACUCUGGGAAAUCCUCCUCCAUGUUCAAGACCCGAACAGGGCCAGCUGUGGUUCAACGCUCAGGGCAGAGGCCUGUUCAUCUGUGACGGACUCACGUGGACGACGCUGCUGCAGAAGAAGGAGCGCUUGGAUUACGUAGAGGACUACCAGGACCUGUACACCGGCUCAGAAACCUUCGAUGUGGAGGUCUUCUCCAUCCCAUCUGAAGGCUUGUUCAUGGCGGCAGCCAACAGGGACUCUCUGUCCGGUUCAGGUAUCUACAAGUGGAGAAACGGGUCGUUCCAGCUCUACCAGAACAUCAGCACUCAGGAGGCUCGAGCUUGGAAACACUUCAUCGUUGAAGACCAGAUCUUCCUGGUGGUGGCUAACUCCAGAGAGACUGAGCCCGAGCUGUCCAUUGUCUAUCGCUGGAACCGGCAGUGGCGGCGUUUCCUCCGUUACCAGACCCUGGAGACGCACGGCGCUCUGGACUGGGAGGCCUUCCAAAUCCACAACCAAAGCUUCCUGGUGGUGGCCAAUCACAGACGAGCCAGAGACUCCAACCACAACGUCCACAGUGUGAUCUACAGGUGGAACCCAAACACAAAGCUAUUUGAGGUGAACCAGACUGUGUCCACGUCCGGAGCGUACGACUGGGAGUUCUUCACCGUUGGACCGUACCACUUCUUGGUGGUCGCCAACACCUUUGACGGUCAGACCACCGCCAUCAGCUCCACUGUCUACGUCUGGCUGGACGGCUGCUUCCAGACCUUCCAGAACAUCCCGACGGUGGGAGCCACAGACUGGGAGACGUUUCAGAUCGACGGCAGAGUUUUCCUCGCCGUCGCCAACAGUCAGAAGGUCUCAGACCGCGGCCCGAGUCCAUACAGCAUCAACUCCACCGUGUACGAGCUCAGCACGCUCACACAGACCUUCAUCCGCUUCCAGGACAUCCUCACACACAGUGCGGUGGACUGGGAGUUCUUCACCAUCGGAGAUGAGAAGUUCUUGGUGGUGGCUAACUCUUACGACGGCAGCUCGUACUCUCUGAACAGCGUCGUCUACAGGUGGCAGGGUUACGAAGGCUUCGUUCCAGUCCACAGUCUGCCGACGUUCGGCUGCAGAGACUGGGAACACUUCAGCACCGAAGAAGGCUCCUUCCUCAUCUACUCCAGCGCCACGUCAAGGCUCAGCAAGGUCUUCAAACUCAAGACCUACUGAAUUAAAUCCAUCACGACAAGCUUUGACUUCAAAACCUGCCAAAACACUGAGCUGAGCGUUAAAAUUUUAAACCUUAAAACGGAUCGAUCGACCGUGGUCGUCACCUCUGGGUUCUGCCAGGCCUUCAAACCCCAAAACCACUAAACCGUUUCUAAUUUACCGUGUACACUCACAUCUGCUUCAGGACUGAGCGACGUCUUCAGACUCCUGCUGGGAUUCUGUCCGAGCUGCGUACUCCUCAGGUCUCUACAACUUUAAAAAUUAGUAAUUAUACACUUGAUGUAUUUAUGUGGCACUUUUCUUAAACUGAGUCGUCACGUGAAGCUGUGCUGAUGAGGACAGCGCCCUCGAGUGGAUGAAGAAAAACAUGCAGCUGCACAAAGCUUCAGCACAGAAGCCAGGUGGUGCUACUCUCCUCACUCAGGACUCAAGAUUUGUUUAUUGUUUAAAGUGGAAGAUUUUUUUAACAGAUGUAAAUAAACUGAUAAGCUCGAAUGAUUCUGUCAAACUGCCUGAAGAAUAAAAAGCAGAAUAUUCCAGCGUCGCGUGAAGCAGCAUUUUUCUGUCGCAGUCUGAAGCAGCUGGGCAGAACAGAGUCAGACGGCUUCCAUCCAGGAGGAUCAUCAAAAAACUAAAAAAUAAAAGAAUGAAGAUGUACUGACUUAUUUGCAGUUUUCUCUUUAACACGAACCUUUCAGGUUUAAUCAGUCAAACACUUGUUACACCUCAGUGAUAUCAACCAGGUGUGUGUUGUUGUCCACUGUCUGAUUCUGUGGCCAAACAGUUGCUUAUUGUUGUUCAUGUGUGUCAGUCUCGUAUAUAAAUAAACAUUUAUAAAGACAAAUAUAAUUUUUAGUGUGUUUGUGAAGUUACAGGUGAAAUAAGAAACUGAUCAG